AUGAACUGCGAAGCUACUGAAGUAUUCUACCGCCAGAAUACAUUCUUUAGUGAACCUAAUGACUGGAUCCAAAUGAAAUACGAAGCUACUGAAGUAUCAUACGACCAGAAUACAUUCUUAAGUGCACUUAAUGACUCGGACCCAACUGGACGCGAAGUUCAACACUUCUUCGAGUCCCGAAGCAAAGCAGCGUUGGAUAACCUCAAAAGCAUUAAAAUCAUUGCGGCUGACUUUUUCGAUGCGUCUGAACAAGCGCUCAAUCAAAUAUGGGAAGAAUGGGUUGGUGCAUUUGAAUUAUAUGCGAAGCGUGCCACAAAUGAAAACCUCGAGGUUCUCGUACAUUUCCAGAAAAGCCAACCCUUGAAAGGAUUUUGGUACAAGCAUAUCGACGCAGUUCCCCCAAACGCUUGGAGCUUGGAACCCUUCCGCGAAUCCAUGGAACAAGCUGUAAUGAAUUUGAACAGACUUGACGGAGUAAGAAAGAUCGGAGUAGAAAUUGACUGGGAGCUACCAUACUUUGAUGAGGAUAAAUUUGAUCCGAACGAUCCGAUAGUAGAAAAGUUUCGCGCACAUAAGAAAGAUGAUCGAUGGGGGGCCGAGGUUGCAAGAAUAACAAAACACCUCAAAGAAACUAUAUUAGGCAACAAGUAUACCGAUAAGGUAGUCAAGGUGGAUGACCACCGUGGCUGUGUAGACCCGUUUUACAUGGCCCAACUUUAA